UUUUGAGGAAAAAAAAAUACAAUGAUCCCAAUGCUUCUUAAGUUUCUAUAUGGGAUAAGACUUAUCGGUUUUCCAUGAUGUGAUCAAUUUUUCUCCAGAAUUUGCAGAAAUAUAAUUUAUAUUUUUGCUAUAAGUAUGUUACAAAAUUGUGACAACGUGAUGAAUUGCAGGCUAUCUUAUAAUUGUACCAUGCACUAUUUGUUGUUUAUCAUCUAUGUUGUGGGAAGAGUUAUGACUAAUAGUCUACACAUACUGCAUGGCUUUGGAUGUGAAGAUAAACAAUACUUACUUACGUAGUAUACAAGAUUGUUGGACUGAAGGUAAAACAAGUGAAGUUUGCAUUUCUCCCGGUGGUCGAUUCCCUCCAUUUUCAAAUGUAGGCAAACCCCCCAAGAAAGCAAGCAAAGGUCCCAGAGAUCUUACACUUUGUAGGGUUUUCCGCAAAAAGACAUGCUGUGAUGUAACUCAGACGUAUCCUGCUUUGCUGUCCAUCAGAAGACUUGCAUCGUCUGGAGAAGCAAGCCAAGAGUGCUUGAAUUUAUGGGAAUUCUUGGAAUGUUCUGUCUGCGAUCCGAGGGUGGGGGUACAGCGAGGACCUCCUAACAUCUGUGCAUCAUUUUGUGAUAGGAUUUAUGAAGCAUGUUCAUCAGCAUACUUUGCUAUGGAUGGAAAAACACAGGUACUAGCACCAUGCGGCCAAGGUGACUUUGUUUGUGGUAGAGCUUCAGAGUGGGUCUCUAAUGGAACUGAGCUCUGCAGUGCUGCAGGUUUCUCUGUCAAGCCUCUCGAUGAACCUGGUGAAUUUCCGUGCUAUGGUGGGAAGGGUAGCCUAGAUUAUAUUGCAAGUUCCUGGAAAUCUUCGCGUUCUGAGAUUGUACGUGGAGAACAGAAUACUGAGGUUGUCCAAGAUUUUAUGCAAUUGAUUGCUGAUAUGCCAUUGAGUGAGAGAAUUUCUUGGGCUGUUGGAGGAUUGGUGCUUACAGCUGGACUUCUGUUUGCAAGUAGAAGGAAGAGCAACGGUCAACGCCAGAAGCAAGCAGCUAUCCAGCGUACUGGAAGGAGACUAGGAACUAGGAUAAGCCCUCCUGCAUCCCCUGUUAGCCACGGGAACAGAAAGAAUGUUGGAAAGUGAGUGCUAAGUAAGCAUAUGUGCAUGUUACUUCCCCUUUGUUACAGGCGAGUAAGUUAUGCAAAAAAUGCCACCCCGCCAUCCUCCCUCUUUGUAAUUUUGGCUAUAGAUAUAUUUAGAUUUUUAUUACCCCUUGUUUAGUCACAUUUUGCAAGGCUAUAUUUUUUCACAAUACAUGGGAACAUCUUUACUUGAA